AUGGAUUUUACAUCGAGUUCUGGACUAGGAGACUCGGAAGCCAACAGCAACCGCUCUAGCAGCAAUUCGGAUGGGCUUUCAUCCCACUCCGAUGUCGUUGAGACUGAUGAGCUAAAACUUAUCAAGCUGGAAGAACACAAGAACCAAUUGUUGAGGCAGAGAGCUGAAUUGCUGGACCAAUUAUCAAAUACUCGUGUGGUGGAGCCACGAAGUAUUGAGCUCGAUGAUAAACUUCUCUUAACACUACUUCGCAGAAGUCAGACUAGUACUGGUGGUGUUAGUAGUAACAGUAGUAGUAACAACAAGAAUAACACAUCCACGACACAACCGUUACCAAGAGUUCUACCCAGCUUGAAUAUCGAAGAUCGGAAGAAGUACCUGGAUAUGACUCUACAAGAUGUGGUAAUCGAAUGCAAAAACGAUGUCAUUCUUCUUAAAAAGAACGGUUUCGAAGCACGCUUCAGUUUAAAAUUAAAAGAGGACAGUAUUUUGCAACUAGAUGUCAACGUGAACGAUUAUGAGAUAGCUCUUGAGCCACUUCUUCGGUAUGUCCGUGCUACAAACAAUAUCAAUAUUGCUAUGAUGGGAAUCAUACAGUUUCUGCGGCUGAAACAGCUCCAUUCUGAUAUGGUGGGAAAAAUUGUGGAUUUGGGGAAGUUCUCCAGCGCUUCUGGGAAUACAUUAGAGUAUAAAGAUGUACGAGUGACCUUCCAAAUAUUCUGGAACCUACCGUCACCAUAUCCAGAAACUUUGAUAUUGACGAAUAAAAUACAAGAAAUACUGGACUUCUUCAUACAUGAGUAUGGAAUUGAGCAAGGGAUUACUAAAUAUGGAUCUACUUUUAUUUAA